AUGGAGCGUUACGAUCGUGCCAUCACUAUAUUUUCACCUGAUGGACAUUUGUUCCAAGUAGAGUAUGCUCAGGAAGCAGUGAAGAAAGGAUCGACGGCCGUUGGUGUUCGUGGAAAAGAUUGUGUUGUAAUUGGAGUUGAAAAAAAAAGUAUUCCUGAUUUACAAGAUGAUCGUACUAUUCGCAAAAUUCAUAUGAUUGAUGAUCACGUAAUGCUUGCUUUUGCCGGCCUUUCUGCCGACGCUCGUGUCUUGGUUGAUCGUGCUAGAAUGGAGUGUCAAAGUUACAAGCUCACUUUGGAAGACCCCGUAACUGUAGCAAACAUCUCACGUUACAUUGCGAAUACGAAACAAAUCUUCACGCAAUCUCCGGGUAGAAGACCGUUUGGUAUUUCAAUGUUGAUCGGUGGAUUUGAUCAUGAUGGAACCCCCAGGUUGUUCAAAACAGAGCCUUCUGGUGCUUACUACGAGUAUUUGGCUAACUCGACUGGAAGAGGAGAAAAAUCAGUUCGUGAAUAUCUUGAGGAGCAUUAUGGAGACGAUACCAUAAAGGAUGAACCCACUACUUUGAAAUUUGUAGUCAAAGCCUUAUCUCAAGUAGUUCAAUCUGGGGCUCAAAACAUUGAGAUUGCUGUUAUGAAACGAUCAGAGGUUUGA